AUGUCAGAGUGCCAGCCCCAGACUGGCUCUGCUGGGAACUUUUUCCCUGUGAAGGGCAUGGAGCAGACUCCCUCUGCAAUGUGGAUCUCCAUCGGAGGACGGGCCGAGGUCUUCCUCUACUCGUGCACUAAGGUGUUCCAGGAUCUGAUCAGAUACGGAAAAACCAAAAACCUGCAGCGACCAGGCGCGCUGCGUGUUUUUGAUGUUCCCAAAAGGUGCUGUGCUAUUCCAGCGUGGGUGGAGGGCUACGAGGUUUUAGGUGUGUCGGCGUCAGCCGUGCUGGUGCAGGUACUGCUGUGGACACACUCGCUCAGACGGCUGUGGGAGUGUGUGCGGGUCAGCGUGUUCUCCGACGGCGUCAUACACGCUGUGCAGUACGUCUUCGGCCUGGGCUACUACGUCAUCCUGGGGCUGACAGUGCUGUGUGCAGACGCUCUGCACCCCCAAACAGGAGGGCCAGCUUCCUCACUCCUCUCUCAGCUGCAGUGGUUCCAUGCUGCGGGGGUUCUGCUCUUUCUCUGGGCCUCACUGCACCAGCACCGCUGCCUGCGUCUUCUGGCCCAACUGCGGACGGAAAACUCAGGUGAAGCUUCUGCAGGUGAGUUGGUAACACUGGGCCAUAAGGUUCCCCAUGGAGGGUGGUUCGAGGUGGUGUCCUGCCCACACUAUUUUGCCGAGCUGCUGAUCUACGUGUCCCUCGGCAUCACCUGCAGGGGUGGCGCCCUCACCUGGUGGCUUGUGGUGCUGUACGUCUUCUUCAACCAGGCGUUAGCUGCACAACUUUGUCACGAGUUCUACUGCAGCAGGUUCCAGUCUUACCCUCAGCAACGCAAAGCCUUUGUUCCCUUCCUCCUCUGA